AUGACACUAACACAUACUGAAAAAAAUACUGCUUCUAAUCAUCACGAUGCGCAUGAAAAUGGCAUUGGUGCUGAAAAUAUGUCUAAUUCAUCGCAUCAUUUUGUUGAUUUAAAACGUUCGGAAAGUGAACAUGCGUGUUUAGCUGCUCGAGGAAAUUCUCUUCAACCAGUUAAAUAUGUAAGUUUAACAGAAAAAAUUGAGAAAAAAAUUGCUAAUAAUGAUCGUUGGUAUUCACUUGAAUUUUUUCCACCACGUACAACAAAUGGUGCUGUAAAUUUGAUUGGAUGUUUGGAACGUAUGGCUACUGGUGAUCCGUUAUUUUGUGAUAUAACAUGGCAUACAGCCGGUGAUCCAGCUGGUACGAAAGAAACAAGUACAAUGAUGAUUGCUAAUACAAUGUUAAAUUAUUGUAAUAUUGAUACAAUGUUACAUAUAACAUGUUAUGGUGCUAAAAAAGCGACAAUGAUUGAAUAUCUUUCGAAAGCAAAAAAUUUCGGUAUUAGAAAUUUACUUGCAUUAGGUGGAGAUCCACCAGUAGGAGAAACGUGGGAUCCAGAAAAAAAUGAUUUUCGAUAUGCAUCUGAUUUAGUUAAAUUUAUUCGAGAGCAUUUUGGUGAUUAUUUUGUUAUUUGUGUUGCAGGUUAUCCAAAAGGACAUCCUGAUUCGAAAAACUAUGAAGAGGAUUUAGGUUAUUUAAAAGAAAAAGUCGAUUGUGGAGCUGAUUUUAUUAUAACACAACUUUUUUUCCAAGCAGAAACAUUUCUUAAAUUUCAAUCUGAUUGUCGAGCUGUCGGCAUUACAUGUCCAAUCCUUCCUGGAAUAUUUCCAAUUCAAGCUUAUGCAAGUUUUAAGAAUAUUGUUCGAUUAACUAAAUUAGAUGUACCUGAUGCAAUUCAAACUCAUAUGGAAUCUAUCAAAGAUAAUGAUCAAGCUAUACGUGAUUUUGGUGUUCAAACAUGUGUUGAUCUUUGUAAAGCUUUAUUAGAUUCUGGCAAGGUACAUGGACUUCAUUUUUAUACAUUAAAUCGUGAAUAUGCAACAACUGAAAUUUUAAAACAACUUGGUUUUGGAUUUGAAGAUCCUCCAUUACGUGCUUUACCAUGGAAAAAAACUUCAAGAAAUCAUGUACGUUCAAAAGAAGAUGUUCGUCCUAUAUUUUGGAGUACACGACCAAAAUCUUAUAUUCAUCGUACAUCAAAUUGGAAUGAAUUUCCAAAUGGACGUUGGGGUAUAUCAUCGGCACCAUCAUUUGGUGUUUUGACUGAUUAUCAUUUAUUUUAUCUGAAAAUUGAUGCAGCACAUAAUGAAUUGCUUGAUGAAUGGGGACAUGAAUUAACAAGCGAACAAGACGUUUGGAAAAUGUUUGCUUGUUAUAUAGGUGGAGAAAAAAAUAGUUCAGAUAAAAUUGUUCGUCAUUUUCCAUGGAAAGAUGAAGAUAUGUCACUUGAAACAAAUUUAAUACAUAAUGAAUUAGUUGAAUACAAUCGAAAAGGAAUUUUAACAAUUAAUUCACAACCAGCAGUUAACGGAAAACCAAGUACAGAUCCAAUAUUCGGUUGGGGUGAAAAAAAUGGUUAUAUUUAUCAAAAAGCUUAUUUGGAAUUUUUUACAAGUGCAAAUAACAUUCCAGCUUUACGUGCUGUUUUGAAAGAUUUUCCUGGUGUUAAUUAUCAUUUUGUGAAUAAAUCCGGCGAAGUUAAUGAAACAAAUACAGAUGAUGAACAACCGAUUGCAUUAACAUGGGGUGUUUUUCCUGGUAAAGAAAUUAUUCAACCAACAGUUGUCGAUCCGGAUGAAGCGUUUAAUUUAUGGAUGGAACGCUGGGGUAAAUUGUACGAAGCGGGCUCACGUUCAUAUUCAAUCAUCGAGCAAAUCUCAAAUACUUAUUUUCUUGUUAAUUUAGUCGAUAAUGAUUAUCCACAAGGUUCUUGUCUUUGGGCAGUUUUAGAUGCUAUGUUUGAAUAUCAACAAAAAACAAACCAAGAUACAAAUUCUUGA